CCUAACCUGUUCUUCCUCUCACCCAUCCCUUCCUCCCACCUCAAGCUGGACCUCCAUUUCCUACCUACUAACCUCAUCCCACCUCCUUGACCUGUCUGUCUUCCCUGGACUGACCUAUCCCCUCCCUACCUCCCCACCUAUACUCUCCUCUCCACCUAUCUUCUUUUCUCUCCAUCUUCGGUCCGCCUCCCCCCUCUCCCUAUUUAUUCCAGUUCCCUCCCCCCAUCCCCCUCUCUGAUGAAGGGCCUAGGCCCGAAACGUCAGCUUUUGUGCUCCUGAGAUGCUGCUUGGCCUGCUGUGUUCCUCCAGCUCUACACCUUGUUAUCUCUGUAUCUAUUUGUAGACUCUUUGUGUCAUCUCCACUGCUUGCCUUCCUCUCUAUUUUUGUGUCAUGUGCAAACUUGGUAAUAGUAUAUUCACUUCCUGUGGUUGUUUCGCUUGUGGAGCUGGUUUGUUACUUUGCAGACGUUUCAUUACCCUGCUGGGUUGCUUGGCGAGCAAACCAACCACAACAUCCACAAUCCGCGAGCUACAAGUCUACUCAAGCACUUCAUAUUUUCACUUCCAUGAUCCAUGGUAUUAAUUUAUAAAUAUUUGCAGUCCUACACUGAUUCCUGGUGCACUCCAUAAGACCAUAAGAGAUGGGAGUGGAAGUAAGGCUGUUCGGCCCAUCAAGUCCACUCUGCCAUUUAAAUCAUGGCUGAUGGGCAUUUCAACACCACUUCCCUGCACUCUCCCCGUAGACCUUGAUUCCUUGUGAGAUCAAGAAUUUGUCGAUCUCUGCCUUGAAGGCAUGUAAUGUCCCGGCCUCCACUGCACUCCGUGGCAAUGAAUUCCACUAGCCCGCCACUCUCUGGCUGAAGAAAUGUCAUCUCAUUUCCGUUUUAAAUUUACCCCCUCUAAUUCUAAGGCUGUGCCCAUGGGUCUUAGUCUCCCCGCCUAACGGAAACAACUUCCCAGCAUCCACCCCUUCUAAGCCGGACAUUAUCUUGUAAGUUUCUAUUCGAUCUCCCCUCAACCUUCUAAACUCUAAUGAAUACAAUCCCAGGAUCCUUAGCCGUUCAUCGUACUUUAAACCUACCAUUCCAGGAAUCAUCCGUGUGAAGCUCCGCUGGACACGCUGCAGGGCUAGUAUGUCCUUCCUGAGGUGUGGGGCCCAAAAUUGGACCCAGUAUUCGAAAUGGGGCCUAACUAGAGCUUUAUAAAGUCUCAAGCACAUUGCUGCUUUUAUAUUCCAACCCUCUUGAGAUAAACCACAACAUUAAAAUGGCUUUCUUAAUCACGGACUCUAUCUGCUAGUUAACUUUUAGAGAAUCCUGGACCAACACUCCCAGAUCCCUUUGUACUUUUGUUUUACGAAUUUUCUCACCAUUUAGAAAAUAGUCCAUGCCUGUAUUCUUUUUUCCAAAGUGCAAAACCUCACAUUUGCUCACUCAACCAGAUACAGGUGGCUAUCUUGAAAAUGCCUUCCUCAUGUCGACACUCUGUCUUCUAUUAGACAGUUAGACAAUCCUGUACCUAUAAUAAUAUGCUGCCACCAACGAGAUGGCCCCUUUUAAAGCAGCGUUAGAGGGGGUCACUUAUUGAAUGCCAUUUCCACAUCCAAAUAUGUUACAUCUACUUAGUCUCCUUUAUCUAUUCUGCUUGUACUUCUUCAGAGAACUGUGUGAUAAAUUUAUCAGGAAUAAUUUAUCCUCAUGAAGCUAUGCUGCUGCUGCUUGACCAUAUUACGUACAUUAAGUACUCUGCUAUUACAUCCUUUAUAAUAGAUUCUAGCCUUUCCUUGGAUUGCCACCUUGCUGUGCUGGAGAGGCUUGAGUGUUCCAUUGAUCCUGGAAAUGACACAGGAGUUCUCAACUCCUGGCAGGGCCAUCUAUGAUGGUAAGGUCAGAGGGGAAGGAACCAGAAAAAGCCCAAUCCAAAACAAGUCCUGAACAGCAGAAGGUAUUUGUGUGAUAUCAAUGGCUCUGACAGUGGAUCGAGGCCACAGCAAUCAGAAGAACCCCAGACACUGAGGUUUCCUUGCGACUGGAACUGGAUCUACCUCUGUCACAGACCACGUGUCUGCUGCUGUGCAACGACAUUCCUGCAUUAAAAGAAAAAGAUGUGCAGGUAAGGGUGGAUUAGCCCGGCUGAAUUGCCUGUAGUGUUCAGGGAUGUGUAGACUAGAUGGGUUAUAGGGGGAUGGGUGUGGAUGGUCGGUGUGGAUGGUCAGUGUGGACUUGUUGGGCUAAAAGGACUGCUUCUACACUGUAUGGAUUCUAUGAAAUGUACUGCACAAAGUUUCUUACCUAGAAGAAUCCAACUCCCUAUCACCAAUUGUGUGUGCAAACACGCUCACGCACACGCACAAAAAACACAAGUCAUGCGGUGAGAGGCGAUGGGGACAGGAUUGUGAGGUCUGGAAGUCCCUAGCUUUGUACUUACACAUAGCUGGUGGAGUUUGACUCAGUCUCUUCACUUUUGGAGUAGUAACAGUAGAAUGUUUCGGCUGCUAUCUUCAUGACUGAGCAUCACUCAUCAAGAUCAGUUUGCUUGCCUAAAGGGGGAAGGACCCAGAAAACGUGCCUUAAAAAUAGUCUGUAUCAUACCCAGUGAGCUCAUCUACCUGCGAUCUGGAAACUAAAGACCAAUUCAAUCUCAGAACCUGAAAUAUCCAAACCCUCAUGGGCAAUAAGCACAAUAAUAGACUGGAAUGAAGAACUGCCCCUGUUGCCCAUGAACUUAGACACUUCAACAUUGAUUUUGCAGCCCUGCAGGAGACUCAAAGAGUAGGUUAAGGGCAGCUAAGUGAAGAAAAUGAUGGUUCCACCUUCUUCUGGAGAUGGAAACCUGAGGAUCAACCCAGGAUGCAUGGAAUUGGAUUCACUAUCAAGGACAAACUCAUCAACCAACUCUCAGAUCUCCUUGUUGGCCUCACUGAUUGCCUCAUGACUGGUCAUAUCUAAAUUGCCAAGAACCAGCAGGCAAUGGUAAUGAGUGCCUGUGCACUAACCCUCAAUCCGUAGAUGUGUCCAAAGAAAGCUUCUACUCCACCCUGAACACAAUAAUCACCAAUAUCCCUAAGAAAAACAAAAUAAUUAUCCUUGGAGACUGCAAUACAGCGUUGGAAAGAAUCCCCAAAUCCGGAAAGGAAUGAUCAAAAAGGCAGUCAGGAAUUGCAACCCCAGUGGGAUUCUCUUGCUCGCCAAACAUAUGAAACACCAGCUGAUCAUCACCAACACACUGUUCCACCACAAAUGACAAGUUAAAGAUUUCUUGGAGGUCAAGGUGCUAGCAUUAAUCAAUUAUGUCAUCAUCCAAUCCUGAGGCCUAAAGGAAGUCCUCAUUACCAAAGUAAUAGCCAGUGCAGACAACUACCGGGCAGACCUUCUGCUCAUCCAUUCCUCAAUGUCCACUAAAUGCCACCAAAGUCAAAGAAACAGAUCAGAGAAAAGCUCAACGUUGAGACAAACAGAAUAGCGAACUUCCAACAAUGUCCUCACCAAAAUCUCCAAAGGCUUCGUGUGAAUGGAGUGGGGGUAAGAUCUGGAAAGAUCUGAAGAUAGCAGUCAUCUCAUGCUGUCAAGAAACCAUUGGCCACAAGACCAGGAAACAGUGAGACUGGUUUGACGAGAAUGAACACAUGAUCCAAGAUUUCCAUGACAAGAAGAGCAAAGAUCUCCAUGCCUGGCAGAAUGACAUCACCAGCGUGGUAAAGAGAAGAAUUGUCAAAAAGCAAAAGCAGAGUUACAAAGAACUAAGGAAACCAAGAACCACCAGAGAAAGCUAAGGAGCUGUAACUCCUUGCUGAUGUGCAUGGCACCUGGGGUUUCUUCAGCGCCACCAAAAUAAUGUACAGACUCAACACUCUUGGCCCUCAAACGAUUACAGAGUAAGAACAGCACUCUUUUAAGAGAUAAAGAAAAUAUCAGCCUCCAAUGGAAAGAUCACUUCAAAAAGCUACGAUACAAUCAUCAAUGAGGACAUGGUUGGGGAAAUUCCAACUCUCCAUCAAAGAUGAUCUAAGGCUGCCAGCGAGUGUUGCAGCAGUUGCAGCCUCCGUUAGACACAUGAAGAAUAGAAAAUCUGCUGGAGUAGAUGGGAUUCCAGCAGAAAUUUACAAACUUGGAGAUAGAUUCUCCACAUCAGGUGCAAAGGCAGGUGUGCUAACAUCAGUGCCCUUGAAGCAGCGAACAGCACCAGGAUGAAAAUUAUGAUCAUCUGAUGCCAAAUCCACUGCACUGGCCACAAACAUAGGACACCAAAGCAGAUUUUCUUUACCUAAGGCCCUUAAAUGAGAGGAGGAUGUAACAUAGAUGUCUCAUUCAGAACAUAGAACAUAAAGCAGCACAGCACAGUACAGGCCCUUUGGCCCAUGAUGUUGUGCUGAACUUUUACCCUAAACCUAAGGUCUAUCUAACCUCCACCCCACCUUAUACUAUCAUCCUUAUGCCUAUCUGACAGCCACGCAAAUGCCCCUAAUGAGGCUUCUACCCUCUCCAGCAAUGAUUUCUAUGCCCCUACCCCUCUCUGAGUAAAGAACCUACCUCUGAUGUCUCCCCUAUAUCUACCUGGACUCACUUUAAAACUAUGCCCCCUCGUAAUAGCUACCUCAACCCUAGGAAAACGUCUCUGGCUGCCUACUCUAUCUAUACGUCUGAUCAUUUUGUACACAUCUAUUAAGUCACCUCUCAUGCUUCAUCAUUCUAAAGAGAAAAGCCUAGCUCUCUCAACCUUUCCUCAUAAGACCUUCCCUCCAUUCCAGGCAACAUCCUGGUAAAUCUUCUCUGCACCUUUUUCAAAGCUUCCACUUCUUUUCUGUGAUGAGGCAACCAGAAUUCGACACAAUACUCCAGACGUGGCCGAACCAGGAUUUUAUAUAGCUGGAGCAUAACUUCACGGCUCUUGAACUCAAACUCUCUAAUGAAAACUAACAAACCAUAUGCUGUCUUAACAGCCCUAUUCCCCUGGGUAUCAGCUUUCAGGGAACUGUGAACAUGAACUCCAAGAUCCCACUGCUUCUCCACACUGCCAAGAAUCUUUCUGUUAACCUUAUAUUCUGCUUUCAAAUUUGUCCUUCCAAAAUGAAUCACCUCAUACUUUUCAGGGUUAAAGUCCAGCUGCCACUUCUGAGCCCAGCUCUGCAUCCUAUCAAUGUCCCUUAGCCACCUAGGAAAGCCCUCUGCAUGACCCACAACUCGACCCACCUUUGUAUCAUCCGCGAACUUACUAAUCCACCCUUCCAACCCUACAUCCAAAUCAUUUACCAAAAUCACAAAUAGAAGAGGACCCAGGACAGAUCCUUGUGGUACACCACUCGUAACUGAGCACCGUGUUGAAUAUUUUCCAUCAACUACCACCCUUUGUCUUCUAAGGGUCAGCCAAUUCUGAAUCCAAUCUGCUAUAUUUUCCCCUGUCCCACGCUUCCUUACUUUCUGCAUGAGCCUAUCAUGGGGAACCUUAUCAAACACCUUACUUAAAUCCAUGUAUACCACAUCCACUGUUCUACCUUCAUCCAUAUGUUUGGACACCUCUUCAAAGAAUUCACUAAGGUUUGUGAGCCAUUAUCUACCCCUCACAAACCCAGAGCAAAAAUGCUGACUAUCACAAAUCAAACUGUGCCUAUCCAAGUGAUCACAAAUCCUAUCUCUCACAGCCUUUUCCAAUAAUUUGCUCACCACUGAAUUAAGACUAACUGGCCAGUAAUUUCUGGGGUUAUCCCCAUUCGCUUUAUUGAACAAGGGAAUGAUGUUUGCCUCUCUCCAGUCUUCCAGCACUAUACCUGUGGACAGUGAGGAUAAAAUGAUCAUUGCCAAAGGCCCUGCGAUCUCUUCCCUCACUUCCCAUAGAACCCUUGGAUAAAUCCCAUCAGGCCCAGGGGACUUUUCUAUCUUCAAGUCCCUCAAAAUUCCUAGAACAUCUUCCUUGCUAACAUUGACAUCCUCUAGCCUUUGGGACCAUUUCAAACUGUCCUCCUUUGCAACUAGAUCCCCCUCAAUUGUGAAUACCGAAGAAAAGUAUUCAUUAAGGACCUCUCCUAUUUCUUUAGGCUCCGUGCACAAAUUCCCUUUAAAAUACUUGAUAGGCCCUGCCCUUUCUCUGGCGAAGAAACUGAGUUGGAGGAAACUCCUGUGUGAGGGGACACAAUUCCUCUAGAAUACUCGGCAGCAAGAGGAAGUAUGGAAAGGGAGCCAGAGAAAGGAAUGCUAACAAUCUCAAGACAGAGGACCAUUUCCGGGAACUGGACUUAUCUGUCAAAUGUAUGGUUGGAGAUGGGGCUGUAGAAUCAGAUUCAUCAGCCACACACAAGCGAACAGAACCAUGACCUGUGACAUGGAAUUUCCUGGGUGGACAAUCAUACCCAAUCACAAGUGAGUGUCCAUGAUGAUGGUGACAACAAAUAAACUGUAACAUUUUCCCAAUAAUGGAUGUUAAGCUAACUAGCUUAACUAAUACUAGUACAAAUAAGGGUCUAGGCCUGAAACAUCAGCUUUCCUGCUCCUCUGAUGCUGCUUGGCCUGCUGUGUUCAUCCAGCUCCGCAUCUUGUUAUCUCUAAUACUUUUUGUCUCCUUGUGUAAAGAUAAAAGUGUUACAUCAACAACUUUCUAAUGCUCUGGGGCUUUUCCAGUAUCUCAGAAUUCUUGGAACAUUUCUACUCGUGCAUCCGUCAUCUCUGUGAACACUCCCUUUAAAAUCCUAGGAUGAAACACCUUAAAGUCAGGAACUUUAACCCCAUUUGUUUAUCCAAAACCAUUUCUCUAUUGAUACCUAUUGUGUUCAUUUCCUUCCCUUUCAUUCUUAAACUGCUGAGGUCCCUGGGGUAUUAAUUCCCACCCUUCAGUCUGUGAUUCAGAGGUGGGAAUUCCCAUCAUUAAACCUGUCUUCAUGUUGACUGAGCAAGAGCAAAGCGACCCACCCACACUUCACUGGUUGUCAUUCUCCCACAUGCCCUGCUGGACGGGGAAAGGCCAGGUGGAUUUCAGAUUCCUUUAGGCCCACUUCCAAAUCUGUAAUGAAGCAAUAGACAUGGCCAAAGAGGCUUGUAAAUUUUUAUUAUCUGCAAUCUACCCAGACUUGACAUUGCUUCUAAUUAAGCAAUGCCUCAAGAUUGAAUGUUGUUCACUGUCUUUUCAAAUCCUUUGACAGUUUCGGCCUUCCUCUUGAGCAAUUGUCAGAUGCAGUUGGUCAGCAACAUUUCCAUAAUAAACCACCUAGUCAGGAGUCUAGGUUCCAUAGUUCCUGUCUAAAUAUUGAAGUUCACUGGAGACGAGUUUUCAGGAGAAUUGAUUUGCGGGGAAGAGAAGAAUGAAAUACUCUGAAGGGGGACAGCUUUGACUGCUGCCAGCUAAUGUUGAUGGCACCAGUGAUUGUAUUUGACAGCUGUCAAGAGCACAAAAUCCCCUAAAGCUUUCAAAAAAAUGUAACUCUGUAAUCAGGUUCCCUCCAUUAGACUGUUAAAUGUCGUUAAGUUUAAUUGACUUGGCUUUGCUUUUCCUGGCACAUUAAUCUGCUCUGUACUGAGCUCUUUACAAGAUUACAAUGACGAAACUGGGUCUUUGAUCUUACCUAAGGUAGUCACCCAUGCAGUAAUUGUGCUCAGGACUUAGAGAAAGAAGUAAGAACAUUUAGAUGGAGGGUGGAAUGAGAGGGUUGACAGCGGAGGCAGUGAAUGCAGAAUUGGGAAUCUUAAUCCAUUUUGGUAGCUGUUUGAAAGGGUUCUUUAGAGGCUUCCCCUGUACUUUUGCCUACUAACUAUUGUUGUUCAUGUUCAGUCACUGUUCAGUGGUCCAGGUUACAGCUGAGGUGUUCAGUUUUGCUGCUGGCUGCACAUUCCAUUUACACAAAUAAUUAGAAAGGACACAACUAGCAUAAGAUGUGCCACUUCCUCUCACCCAUUUCUUGGAAGAAUAGGCCUGAAUUUAUUUCACACCAUUCAGAACAGCUCAAAGGCAAUUAAUUUCUUUCAGUGGUUGCCAAUUAAUUUGUGCACAGUCCAGAAACUGAAAUGAAAUAAUUGGCCGAUUACUUUUGGUGGCUCUGUUAGAUGCAGUUGGUCAGUAACAUUUCCAUAAUAAAUCACCUGGUGAGGAGUCUAGGUUCCACAGUUCCUGUGUAAAUAUUGAAGUUCACUGGAGACAUGUUUUCAGGAGAAUUGAUUUGUGGGUUCUGGUUGUGAGAUGGGUGUUGACUAAAAGGUGGGAGGACUCCAUUGCUCCUUUUCCCAGAGCAUUGAAAUUCGUUUGAACAAAUUGUCUCAUCCAAAAACAGUACUGUAUCUCCAAAAAAGGCACAAUAUCAGUCGACAUUAUGUAAGCCAUGAUGUGGAGGUGUCUGGGUUGGAAUUGGAGGGCAAGGCCAGGAGAUUUCACCUGACGAAGGGGCAAUGCUUGAAAGCUUGUGAUUUCAAAUAAAGUUGGAGUUGUAUGACUUCUGACAUAAUGUAAGACCUGCAGUGGGACUUGAACCCGCAAACCUCUGAUCAAGUAGAGAUGCCCUGCUGGAGGCAAAAUGCCGAUUAGUAGAUAUUUUUGAGUUCUUAAUGAAGCCAGGAGGAAAUGCAAGGAGAAGGUGGGUCUUUUAGACCUUGCUGUUAUUGCUUAAGUUUUCCUUCACUCAUCCGGCUGCUCUGCCACCAUUAUGGUUCACUCAUGUAUCCCUGAGUCUGGCUCCAUUAUUUUUCCAAGCCAAAAAUUUGCAGGCAACCCUUUCAAGUGGAUCUCUCACAGAAGUGUAAAUUGAGACAAGAGAUGCAAGUUCCCUAAUGCCUGGUACAAUUGACUGUUCCUCAUAUCAAGAGGUAAAAAAUGGUUAUUUCAGCUCAAAUAGUUCUGUUUAUUCCACAUUGGUUUCCCAAAAUUGCCUUGGGGGAUCACUGGAGCUAUUCUAGGUCUAAUUUUCUUCCUUCCUGUCACCAUUUUAGUCAUGAAAAUCUUGAUGUUAACAUCAGAUGAUGAAAGUUGAAGAUUGUUAGUCUACAUUUUACAAUUGCUCUGAGAGCAGCAUGUCAAUUACAGUGGGAUGGGAAAGGAAGGCCAUUGGGAUUAUUUAAAGCUCCUGUCUGCUUCUUCUCAGAAGGAGCCUUCAGAUCAAUAAAAUCCAUCGACAGACCCCAAGGGCAAUGAUUUCAGUAGGGGUUCUCUAUUCACACUCAGUAGCAUAUAAAACAUCUGCGAGACCUGGUUCAAAAAUAGUCAGUAGUUAGUACCCCUGCAGAAUUUUUUAGGAUGAACUGUAACUCAAGGGCAAUGGGAAAAGGUGAAGAUGGUUACCCACUCCCUGCACAUGUCACACCCUCACAUCAGAGCUUUCUUCCUGCCCCGUCCCCCAUCGGUUACUCCACAGAAUGCGUCACCUCUCCUGAUGGCAUCCCAACUCUACCCCUCGCUGUGGGCUAUAUUCACCUUCCUCACUCCCACCUCUCACUGCUGGCCACAUCCAACCCCUACAUUGAACCUCACCUGAUACCUACCUGCACCUUUACUUCCGCCCCACCCUACGUCAAAACUCAUGCCUACUCCUACCCCCACACAUACUCUUACUUCUAUCCCUAACCCUACACCUACUGCUAAACCCACCUCAAUCCUUCCAUCUUCCCUAACCCUUAACCCAGGCCUAUCUCAACCCUUACCCUUACCCCUCAUGACUUGACCAUGUCCCUCGCUGCGCAGUUCACCAACAAUGAACUCUAUAUCAGAUGCUCAUCACAGUGCCACCCAAUGGAGUAGAUUUCAGAAAAAGGCAGGUUUGAACAUGUUUCUCUUGUUUGCAGAGAACAGGUCCUCUCAUAUGAAUGUUCAGCCCUGACGUUCAGAAUAAAUGAGCUUAACUAAUUAUGUUAAAUAUUUUGCUCACACAGCUAUUAGCAUGGCUGUACAGAUUGUUUUUAUCAAAUCCUGAAUAAUUAAUUUAAAUCAACUCAUUGGGGCCAUGGGCACAUACCAGUUCAAGAUCAUAUCAGGAUGGAUAGAAGCUUCCUCACACAAGCAACAACAAUUAUAUGUAACAGAUUCUCAAUUAAAUCCUAGAACCACUGAUCCUGCACUGGGGAAAAUGAUGAAUAAAGUUGGAUUAAGAAUCUUUCCCUAUGUGUCAUUAUCUUUCAACUACUUUUCAUUCACUGUGAAUUUGAAAACUUGACUACAUCACAUGUCCAAUUUAUGACCUUUCUGCGUCCUUGGUUGUAAUUGGACUUUUUCAUUCAUGUGGUUGAUCAAAUUCUAUAAUCCCAACAGACAGAUUAAGCUAGAAGAAAUGUGAUUAGGAUGGAAGAGAGAUGACAAAAUCCAAGAGUGCAUGGGUGUCUGUGUUAAGUGACUAAUUGUCUCCGUGCUCUGGAGGCCAAGUCCAGCACAAUCAUUCACAGCAAAUUAACUUUUUUUAUUCGUCUACAACUGCUGCAGCAAUAGCAGAAGUUUCACAGAUGGGGAGUGGAGCAAGUGCAGAAGACAAGGAAUCAGCCAAAAGGUCAAAACAACUGGAAAAGAAACUGCUGGAAGAUGCGGAGAAGGAGGCCAGGACUGUAAAGCUUUUGCUUCUCGGUGCUGGAGAAUCGGGAAAAAGCACUAUCGUCAAACAAAUGAAAAUCAUUCAUCAAGAUGGUUAUACCAAGGAAGAAUGUUUAGCCUUUAUUUCCGUUAUCAAUGGCAACAUUCUGCAAUCUACCCUGGCUAUCAUUCGUGCCAUGUCAACCAUUGGAAUCGAUUAUGGGGACCCUGUAAAUGUGGAAGCUGGGAGGCAGCUCUUUAAUCUUGCGGAUUCCGUUGAAGAGGGAACCAUGCCCAAGGAACUGGUGGAUGUCGUAAAGAAGCUGUGGACGGACUCUGGAGUUCAGGCCUGUUUCGAGAGGGCAGCUGAGUAUCAGCUCAAUGACUCAGCCUCGUACUACUUGGAUAAUCUGGACAGAAUCACUGCCCCUGGCUAUGUUCCAAACGAGCAAGAUGUUUUGAGAUCAAGAGUUAAGACCACGGGUAUUAUUGAAGAACAAUUCUCCUGUCAGGACCUGCACUUCAGAAUGUUCGAUGUUGGUGGACAGAGGUCAGAGAGGAAGAAGUGGAUCCACUGUUUUGAAGGAGUUACCUGCAUUAUUUUCUGUGGCGCUCUCAGUGCAUAUGACAUGGUGCUGGUUGAGGAUGAUGAAGUGAACCGAAUGCAUGAGAGUCUCCAUCUCUUCAACAGUAUUUGCAAUCACAGAUACUUUGCAGCCACCUCCAUUGUGCUGUUUCUGAAUAAGAAGGAUCUUUUUGAGGAAAAAAUCAAAAAAGUUCAUUUGAGCAUCUGUUUCCCGGAUUAUGACGGUCCCAACACGUAUGAGGAUGCUGGCAAUUACAUCAAGAACCAAUUUCUGGAUCUUAACAUGCGAAAAGAUGUCAAGGAGAUCUAUGCACACAUGACAUGUGCUACCGACACACAAAACGUCAAGUUUGUAUUUGAUGCUGUGAAAGACAUUAUCAUUAAAGAAAAUCUCAAAGACUGUGGUCUUUUCUGAACAUUUUGGCUUCAGUCUAUAUCAGGCCCUUCUGGCUCUAGCCUUCCAGCUUUUGCAUGAAGUGUGCUCCAUUUCCAAGAGUGAAUCUAUGUGACCAGCUUCUCCAUCUUUGACCUCAUAGCUUUCACCAGCAAGACGUGCAGAAAAAUAGGUGUGGUAUAGUGUGUCAUACACACGGAAUUGUUUUUCAGGUCUCAAACACUUAUUAACAAAAGCAGCACUAAAUCAAGAGGGGUAGUUGACCUAAACCAAUCUUCCAAUAUUUGUGAUUGAGGACAAUCUUGUGAUGCUUUACUUCAAAAACGCAUCACUUUAUUGUUUAAAAAUUAGAGUUGAAACAUUUUGUCAACAAUGCAAGUGUGAAACAAGCUUCCAUUUCUAAAACAAAAUUAGUUGAUCUGAUCUAAUCUCAGAGCAGGUAUAACUAGUUUGUUAUAUUUAUAUUUUUCAGCUUUUGCGUAUGAGCUAAUUUCAUUGACGUUGCAACCACUAUUUUCAUUCCAGCUAACAAAGGUACACAAUAGCAGGUACAGGCUAGCUGCUGAUGGGCACCCUAGCAUCAUUGUACCUAACACUGUUUUGACACAGAACACUUUAUAUUUUAACUGAAUUAAUGAUUUGAUUUGUUUCCUACUUCUGGCACAUUAAAUGUGGAUCAGCAAUGCAUUGGAUGUUCUGAACAUGGCUUGACAUUUGCCUUUAAGCUACAACCUGUCCUAUGUUGACAACAGUUUCCUUGUUGUCCCUCCAUUAUAAUUUCAAAUCUGAUCUUAAUUCUGAACUUUAUUUUUAAUUCCCAGAAUAUCAUCUAAUUUAUUUAGGAUCUUAAUUUUUUAAACAGGACAAAAAUUUAUUUACAAUAAAUUAACAAAAACAUCUUAUUUACAGAUUCAAAGUUAAUAAGUUCAAUAUAUGUAUACAAUCUUUGAGAUUUCCAUUAAAAAAACCUUGCCUACA